AUGAAGCCCAGUGGGUCUUCUGCAGCACAACCGUCUACGCAAUCAACAGUUGCUGCUACUGAGAGCAUCCCGCAAACUGAAGUCAGUGCCACUGUCCAGCAGUACCGUGAGAACGUGUUCCUUCUCACCGUGAUCGUUAAGGUGAUCGAUGCGUACGGUGAAGAGCAUCUAGCGCGCGCACUUCUCGACAGCGCAUCGCAACCGAGCCUCAUCACAGAUCGUAUGGCUCAUAUUCUACGCCUUCGAAGGCAGUACAAGGGGCCGGCAAACUUUCAAAGCCACGUCGACUUUCUUGUGAUGGACAAAGUAACGGCGAACCUUCCAUCGCAAACCAUAUCAACAAAAGAAUGGCACAUUCCGAAGGACUUAUUUCUUGCAGAUCCGUCUUUCAACGAGAGUCAGCCAAUCGACAUGGUGCUAGGUGCCAAACAUUUCUACUCGUUCUUCCCGAGUGCUGCACGCCUGCAGCUGGGCCGAAACCUUCCUCUAUUGGUGGACAGUGUCUUCGGUUGGAUUGUUGCUGGGUCGACAAACCAAAAUUCCCCUAUACAAGUGACGUCACCCACCUCUAUGGUUGUUUCGAUGAUUUCUUUGGAGGACAGUCUAGAGCGUUUCUGGAAAACUGAAGAGCUGACUACCAAGGACAACUACUCUGUUGAAGAAAGGCACUGUGAAUCGUUGUAUCAAUCAACCGUAUCCCGUGAUCCUACAGGACGAUACAUCGUUCGGUAUCCCCGUAAACCAGACUUUAACGUUAUGCUAGGAGAGUCGAAGAGCACUGCACAACGCCGUUUCGGACUACUUGAAAGGCGUUUGGAACGAGACCCAAACCUAAAAGAUGAAUACCAUUUGUUUAUGCGAGAGUACCUCUCCCUCGGCCAUAUGCGGCUGGUCGAAGCGGACGACGAACACCACUCUCAAGCCUACUAUCUGCCCCACCACCCCGUAAUUAAGGAAGCAAGUACGACGACCAAGGUUCGGGUCGUAUUUGACGGCUCGGCCAAAACUUCUACCGGCUUCUCUCUAAACGAAGCUCUUUGCGUGGGUCCUGUGGUACAAGACGAUCUUUUGACCAUCAUCUUGCGGUUUCGUACCUUUCCGAUCGCCCUGGUCGGUGACAUAGCCAAAAUGUACCGACAGGUACUUGUUCACCCCAACGAUUCUCCUUUGCAGCGCAUCCUUUGGCGAUUUUCAAACCAGUCUCCAGUCCAGACAUACGAACUACUCACUGUUACGUAUGGUCUCGGUCCAUCUUCUUACCUGGCAACACGAACUCUCCAGCAACUGGCAGAAGAUGAAGGUCGAACAUUCACUGCAGCUGGCCCAGCACUUAGAAAGGGUUUCUACGUGGACGAUUUUAUUGGUGGAGCUCAAACCGUGGAAGAAGCAAUCCGUCUUCGCAUAGAGCUCGCUGAACUAUUGGAAAAAGGAGGAUUCGCACUACGUAAAUGGACCUCUAACCGGCUCGAAGUUCUGCAAGGUCUCACCGAUGAUCAGAUUGGCAUGCAAUCCGCUUUGCACUUUUGUCCAAAUGAAACCAUUAAGGCAUUGGGAAUUAGUUGGGAGCCCGAAGCUGAUUUCCUUCGUUUCGACUCACAGAUUCGACACAGCGAUGAACACCCGACAAAGCGAACGAUUCUCUCCGACAUAGCACGACUAUUCGACCCUCUUGGAUUAAUCGCCCCUGUCGUCGUCCGAGCGAAAAUUUUGAUGCAGGAACUGUGGCUUCUAUCCUGCGGCUGGGAUGAUCCUGUACCAGAACCCAUCAAGUCUAAAUGGGAAAGCUACCAUCGAGAACUGGCAAAGAUUUCGGAGCACCGUGUAGACAGGUAUGCCUUAUUACCCGGCUCAUCUAUUCAACUGCACACCUUUGCAGAUGCUUCCCAAUCCGCAUACGGUGCAUGCACGUACGCUCGCUGUGAAGAUGGACGAGGAAGAGUGAGGAUCCAGCUUUUGGCUUCAAAGUCACGCGUCGCCCCACUGAAGCGAAUCAGCAUCGCUCGAUUGGAACUGUGUGCUGCCGUGCUAGCUGCUCAUCUGCACACCCACAUCAAAAAGGCCAUCGACGUCAACAUAAUAGCAUCCUAUUUCUGGUCCGACUCAGCUGUCACUCUACAGUGGCUACGAUCUCCACCAAACGUAUGGCCCACGUUCGUUGCCAACAGAGUGUCAGAAAUCCAGCAGUACACACACGGAUGCCAAUGGAAACACGUUCCUGGAGGAGAAAAUCCAGCUGACCUGGUUUCGCGCGGUAUGUCUGUCGAAGAUUUCCUCAAAAGCUAUUUGUGGACUAACGGUCCUAGUUGGUGUCCCACAAGAAGUACUGGAAAUAAAAACAACCGUCGUUGUCGCUCAAGUAACACCGACAGUGCACCCUUGGUUUCUACGAUGGUCAUCAUACAAUCGCCUUCUUCGCAUCAUUGCAUACUGUAUGAAAUUCGUCACCAAUACUCGAGCAAAAGUGCGCAGCCCUCACCGACUCCCAUCGACCGAUCACUUACCGUCGAAGAACUAUCAAAUUCAAAAACGCUUCUUAUUCGUUUGGCUCAACACGACGAUUUUGCUGCAGAAAUAAAACAAUUGGAGGAAGGCAAUUCAGUUUCGAAGCGUUCCCCCCUUCACUUGAUGAGCGCAUUUAUAGACCCAGAGAGAGUGUUGAGAGUGGGAGGUCGUUUGAAUCUGUCGCAAUUACCCUACCAAGCAAAGCACGCCACUUUAAUUCCUACCAAUCAUCCGCUAACUCGCUUCAUCGUCGAACAUUUUCACCGGAAACUAUUCCACGGCGGCGGGCGUCUACUGCUGACAACGAUUCGAGAGGAAUUCUGGCCCCCGAGAAGCCGCAAACUAAUACGCAGCGUCGUCAGAAAUUGUUUUCGUUGCACACGCCUCAAUCCGGCACCUGCCCAGCAGCAAAUUGGCCAACUGCCAGCCCCAAGAGUAAUACCCAGUCGUCCGUUCAGUGUCACAGGUGUGGAUUAUGCGGGUCCAUUGUACCUUCGACCAAUUCACAAACGUGCCGCACCUGCUAAAGCCUACGUGUGCUUCGCGACCAAAGUAGUCCACCUAGAAUUGGUUAGCGAUUUGUCCACCCAAGGCUUCUUAUGUUCGUUGCGAAGAUUUAUUGCCCGGCGUGGCCGGCCCGCGCACAUUCAUUCAGAUAACGGGAAGAAUUUUGAAGGGGCUAAGAAUGAACUAUCUGCACUGUUUACCAUGCUUCAAAAUCGUUCCCAGCAGGAAGAAAUAUCUUCUGCCUGUACCGCAGAAGGAAUUACCUGGCACUUGAUACCCCCUAAAGCCCCCCACUUUGGCGGUUUGUGGGAGGCGGCCGUAAAGGUAGCGAAAAAACACUUGUUCCGACAGCUGGGUUCAAGUCGACUUUCGUUCGAGGAAAUGUGCACGAUUCUUACCCAAAUCGAAGCAAUUAUGAACUCGCGACCGUUGCUUCCAAUGACAGAAGACCCUAAUGAUUUAGCCGCUUUGACACCUGCCCACUUCCUCAUCGGAUCAUCGAUGCAUGCCCUGCCCGACCCAGACCUACGGAACAUACCUGCGAACCGACUCGACCACUAUCAAAAGCUGCAGAUGCAUGUGCAGCAAUUUUGGAUGCAUUGGCGAAAAGAGUACCUGCAGGAGCUACAAAAAAGACGCGAGACGAUGGAUACGGAACGACGAAAUUAUCCCUGGCAAACUAGUCAUCAUCGUUGA